GUUGCCCCCGGCGGACAUCGCCGCCGCCAUCACCGCCGCCGCCCCCUGCGCGGCUCCGGGCAGCCUGCGGGCGCUGGCAGUGCAGCUGCGACCGCGGCACUUCCACGCCACCUUUAGCGCGCUGUGGAGGAGGUACAUCUACCUCUUCCCCCUGCGCCGCCCCAACACGCACCCCCUCACCACCACCGCCACCACCACCACCAGCCCCUCACCGCCGCCCACUGAGUCUUCUGACUGCAGCAACAGCGGCAACACCCGCCAACAAGACGGCAGCAAUACCUGUAGCCACCCGCCUCGCUCCUCUUCUUCUUCUUUCCCCACCUCCACCUCCUCCCAUCCUGCCGCCCCGGCCUCCGAACCGCCGCCCCACCCGCGCCGCCCGCCCCUGCCCCCCGAGGUCUUCACCGCUGACCCCGACCCCGUGCUACUCGCUGCACAGCUACGGCAGCUGCAGCACCGGCGGUUGGACUUCCUGGCAGCUGCCCGGGACACGCCGCCAGGCAAGGACGGCAUGUGCACGCUACACCUGGCUCGCUGCUUCGUGGCUGAGCUACCCAGUAGACUGGCAGGGACCGCUGUUGGGGGGUUGAAGACGGGUGUGCCAUUAGCUGCUGCUGCUGCUGCGUCGCCAGGAAGCCCUUCCGAAAGCAACGUGGUGGAAGCCGUAAGGCAAGACAACGCACCGGUCCGUGUCCUUUGUGUCGAACUAGUGG